GUGCUGGGCCUCCUCUUCAUUGUAGUCAGCUGCCUUCUAUGGAGAGAACGUACAGACAAACAGAAGUGGAAAAAGGAAGCUGGUUCAAGGAGCGCAGAGAUCAAUUCACUGAAAGAGGAUAAUUAUUCAAUGAAAAGAGAUAAGAGUUCACUGAAAGAAGAGAACCAGAAAUUGAGAGAAGAAAUUGAGGAAAGGAAGACUAAAUUCCUGAAUAACUGGCAGAAUGCUUUCUUGUAUCCUGACUGGAGGAAAGAAAUUUUUCAGCCAGGGGAGGUGCUUCUGGAUGCAGACACAGCCCACUGUAACCUCAUCUUGUCUGAGGACAGAAGAUGUGUCACCUGGGGAGAGAACCCUCAAGAACUACCUGAUAAUCCACAGAGAUUUCAUUCCCUUCCCUGUGUGUUGGGUCAACAGCACUUCACCUCAGGGAGGCACUACUGGGAGGUGGAGGUUGAUGAGAGUCGAGCCUGGGACCUGGGGCUUUGUAGGGAUAAAAUAAUGAGACAGGGCAGGGUUGUCAUUAAACCCGAGGAUGGUUUUUGGGUCAUCAGGUUUUAUAAGGAUGAGUACUGGGCACUCACCGCUCCAGAAACAAAGCUUACUCUAAGAAACCGUACUACCAGGGUGUGCAUUUUCCUAGAAUAUGAGCGUGGAUGUAUCUCAUUCUACGAUAUGACAGAUCAUUCCCACAUUCACACCUUUUCUCAGUGUUCCUUCUCUGGAUCUCUAAGACCGCUCUUCAGGCUUUGGUCCAGUGAUUCAGGGCAGCUGAGAAUCUGUCCAGUGCACAUCAACACAAAUUGAUGAUCUCCCUGACCAGCUGCCCAUCCUUGUGUAUGGGGACAUUUACAGCACUGGCUAGUUAAUGAAUAGUGAAACUUGUAGUGAUGAUGUUAAUCUUCUUACAUCAGAAGCAAAUUAUUUGCCUUAUCAUUGUAUUUUUGUAUCAUUUUAUCUUCUUCAUCCUUUGCUCCCACAAUUAAUGUGUACUGUGUAAAAGUAAGCACUACUUAUGUCAUAUUUAGUUGCUUAAUGUUCACAUAAACAUCAAUAUCUACCAGAGAAAAACGAGGUUUUCUGUUCCUGUAAAGAUGUACAGCUUUGAAAUCCCAGGAGCGGUCUACUCUUCAAUAUAAUGUCAUUCUGAAUCAGAAUUAAUUGAUGGCAGUGGGUUUCAUUUUAAUUGCUUUCAAAUUUAUAUAUAAGUAGAUAAUGCAUUCAUAUCUGUUAAAACAUUUAUAGCAAACUCAUGGUAAAAACAUGUGAUAUACUAGAGUUUAUGAUUGCAUGAGGGUGCUGAAAUUUCUUGAAUAUGGAGCCCUAGUAGGUGUUGGGUAAGUGUCUGCCUGACAAUCACAAGGUUGGGGCAAACUUACCAGCCACUCAUCAGGGAAAACAUGAAGCUGUAUGUUCUGGUAAAUAUUUUUAGCCUUGGAAUCCCUAUUUAGGGUCUAUGAGAUAGUAUUGAAUCCAUGGAAGUGAUUUUUUUGGGGAUGGAGCAUGCUAGU